AGAACAGGUUACAAUGUAUUAAUGUAAAGAUGACAUCAGAGGACGUAAGGUGAAACAAACGCACGCAAUAUGGUUUUUAUAGCAGUACUUUUAUUCCAUUAUUUGUCACGUACUGAGGCGUCAGAGGAACAAGAACUGUUCAAGCGUCUUGGAAUACCUGGACCGCCAAGAGAAGAAGGAAAGCGACGAGACCCACCCUCCUUCAUGAUGGAACUGUUCCGACAGCACAACAGAGUCUUAGGCCACGGUAUGGCUACCAGCAUUUCCAGCUUUGAUGCUUUAGAUACCAAUCAGAGCCACGAGGUCAGUAAAGACAGGUGGAGUUUUGAGUUCUCCGUGGCUGAUCUAGACCCUCGGGAGCGAGUGACAGAGGCCCACGUAAGGGUAUACAAAGCCAAGGGCAGCAAGCAAAAAGAGACCCCUUACCGUGUGAACGUGUUCCAUGUUUUGGACAGAGAGCGGGCGCUGGACUCUUCAGUCAACGACUAUUAUCUCAUCAGUCCUUUCAACUCAUCCCUCGUCGUCAGAUUACUAGACACUCAGAUAUUAGAGUCCCGGCAGUCUCAUUGGGUGUCAUUCAACGUUGCAGAGGCGGUUAAAGCCCUACAAGAACUGGGAGUGCAUAACGCCAGGUUCGAGAUUGCCUGCACUCCUAUCAACCCGAUAGACAUGGCCCAGUCCUCCCGGGGCAUCAGAUUCACCAAAUCUAGAGGAAAACUGCCCUCUCUUGUUGUGUUCACUGACGAUGGGCGCAAUGUAGUGGAGGAAGACAGGGACACUAGGAACUCUAGUCCAUCUAUAGACAGUAUUGACUAUGAUCCCUCGCAGUCGCAUUGUCAGAGAAAAGAGCUCUUCAUCGACUUCAGUCGUCUAGGCUGGAAUUGGAUUAUAGGACCACCAGGUUUCGACGCGUUCAUGUGUUCUGGAGAGUGUACCCUCACGUUUAACAGCAGACUGCAGAUCACCAACCAUGCGUAUCUUCAGGCUUUCCUGGAGUCAAAGCACAAAAACAUCCCCAAACCGUGCUGUUCCCCCAUGAAACUGAGCCCCAUGACACUGAUAUACUACACUGAGAACGGAAUUAAGAUGAAGGAGUACGACGAAAUGAGGGUGGAACAAUGUGGAUGUGAAUGAAAAGACUACUAAAUACACGUUGUCAUGGUUACUACGAUUAGGAAGACACUGCGCACAAACUAGUGAACUUUAACCCCACUUCCAACAAAUUACCACGAAGAAGUACAGUUUCACUGCAAAGAUACUCCGCAAGCAAUCCAGCUCCUAACUCCUGGAAUUCCUCAGAGAAGCAGCGAAACUCACGGCUGAUCGGAUGUAAAUACGAAUAUGAAUUGAAUGAAAUUAUUAUUUCACUGUAUUAUAUAUAAUUUAAAUUUCCUUUGAGUUUAUGUAAUAGCCAAUUAAUAAAAUGUGUGCUAUUUGAUGCAAGAGACCAGAUUUUUAAGCAUUUUAAUUAUUCAACAUGAUUCAGACGUCAUCUCUUACCAAAGAAAUCUCUCCAGUACCCGGCCUUAUACCCUUAGCUAAUGACUAAUUAUGCAAAUUAUCCUAAUGAAUAAUUAUGCACUUUAUGACUGGGUUUAGGUGAAGGUUUUACCAUAAAUCUAAAACUAUGCUGGGAAUUUGAUCGAUCGGUAGAAAAAUGAAAAAAUUGUUAGCUGAAAUAUGUCCAAAGAGAAAGGUUAAACAUUUUCAAAAUGGAAUAUUUCCUAAGAUGAGAAUUUUUUAAAGAUACAAAUAUUUUCUAAGACUAAAAGGUUUUUAAGACAAAAAUAUGUCCUAAAAAUGAAACGCUUUUUAACCUUAGUAUAGUAUUAUUUAAUUCCCAAUGUAAGCAAUAUCGUUUAAUGUUUAAAAAUGUUUAUAAGAUGAUAUAACAUUCCCAAAAUAGCUUAUUUCACGUUUUAGUUAACUUAUUUUAUAGACUAAUGACCAAUGUUGGUACAGACUCCUUCGAAUGGUCGUUAUUUAUUACGUUUAUAAUGAGGAAUCUUUACAGUUUGUACCAAGAAAAUCAAAACCGAAUAUUAACGUUCGCUUUAGAAAAAUUAAGAAGUCUAUGAUGUCUGCAAAAUAAUAUCAUCAUCAUUACCACGAACAUAGUUACUGAGUUUUUUGCUCAAUGAAACGCGAGAUUGCCGGAAUUUAAUGUAUGUUAGAGUUAGGACGAUUUUCUAGCUGAGAUACUUUAAAAUAUGGUAGUUUGUAGGUUAUAAAUAUCUUUUUGUAACUUCACAUUAACGGAGAUCUGUCUUCGUUGUAGAAGAAUUGAGGUUAAUUUUGAUGUUAAUUUGUAAUUUCUUCUGUGAUAUACCUUUGUGGUUAUUGGUAAUAUGAAUAUAAAU